GACAACUCGGAAAAACGCACACCGCUCACCAGCGAGACAGCGAAUGGUCGCGAGCCAAGACACACUGGGGGAAAGCGUUCAACGGACCUUCUGUAAAAAGUUCUUUCUCAAAUGCAGUUUUCCUUUCGCGCUGCUUUCCAUUGCUUCACCAACCUCCUCUCCGCUAUUGUUCCGCUUCUCCUGUGCGAACGCAAGUUUCUCUCUGGCGCCAGAUUGCCGCAAGCGAUGUCGGCGCAUUUUGGAUUAUGUAGGCAGGCCUCUGUAGGAUUGCAGAGCGACGAAAUACAGAUACAUGAACAGGCAGACAUGUGGAUGCUGAAGAAGAGACGUUUGUGCGCACUGGAAAGCUGAUGUAGGACAACAACUGUUAUGUUUUGCGCAGACGAGCGGCGAAGACUCGGAGUUGCUUCUCUCCUUCUCUCUUCUUUCGCUCUUCGGUCACAGCUUUCCAGCCUUCGUCUUAGUCUUCUUCCUUUCCUCGUUUCCAGCCUCCCUCCCUUCACCUUCUCUUCCUUUCUCUUUUCUUGCCCGGUUUUCUUCCCCCUUCCUCUCUUUUCUGCCCUCACUCGUUCUCUCUUCUCUUUCCUUUUCUUUCUUCGCUUCUUUCCUGUUGCCUCGCGUUCUCUUCUUCUCCCCAUCUCUCUCCUCUCUCUCUCUCUCUCUUCGCUCCCUUUCUCUUCUCUCUGGAGCUUUCUUUCAACAAUGUCGGACUACGGUGAGGAAGAUAUCCAGUUUGAGUACGAGAGCGACGGCGAACAGUACGGAGACGACGAAGAAGAUGAGGAGGCGAUUCUCAUGGAAAACUCGUUCUACGAGGCCCAGGACAUACGCCAUACCAAUCCGAGAGCUGCGCUGAAGCUCUACCAAUCCGUCGUGGAGAAAGAGGAAGCAAACGAUGCAGCGAGCACCUGGAGGUUUCGCGCUCUCCUCAACGUCGUUCUCAUCCAUGCACAGCUUCGCGAGUUCGACAGCGCUGCGGAGGCGUAUCGUCGCCUCCUGCCUCUCAUGCGUCAUGUCACACGAAACGAAACUUCCGACGCAAUAAACGCUGUGUUGGAAGCUCUCAGCGCGGAUCUUGUUGAAUCGUCUCCCUCUUCAGAGUCGUCGUCCUCUUCUUCUGCCGCUUCUUGUUCCUCAUUUGCGGCUCUUGUUUCCGGACGAGGCGAAGCGGAGGUAGCCAGAGGAGAAGAAGAAAGGGAGAGCGAAGACUGUGGAGGACCUCCCUCGCUCCAUAGAAGGACGAUGGCGACGCUCGAGACCAUUUUUUCUCUCACGCUGAGUGCUUUGCAGGAACACCGCGUCAAGCGUCUUUGGUUCCGCACCUGCAGCCGCAUGAUUCGGCUGUACAUACACCAGGGCGAAUUCCCCAAGGCAACAACGCUUCUCGCUGACGUUCGCCGGGAAGCUCGUCUGACGCCUCUAGACAUCUCGGACUAUCAACUUCUCUCCUCGUCAAGAAGCUCCCUAUUCCCCACACCGCCCUCUUCCUCUUCCUCUUCUUCUUCUUCCGCGUUUGCAUCUGCUGGGUCUGGCGAGAGCGAGGAGAUGCCCAGCGGACAGAUUCUGGAGUUCUACGCGUUGGAGAGUGUGGUGUGCAUGCGCCAGAGGAAUUUUCCUCGACUUCGGCGGCUUGCGGCCGAGGCGGAAAAGUUCCUUUUGGCAGGCAUUGCAGAUCCGACGCAUGUCGCCACGGUCCGCGAGAUCACCGGGAAAAUCCAUAUGGUUGAAAAGAGGUGGAAGCGCGCACUCGUCGACUUCUCAGAGGCCUUCCGUCACUUCCAGGAGGUUGGCAGAUCCACGAAGGCCAAGCAAAUGCUUCGCUUGCUCGUCCUCGCCAGUCUCCUCAGCCUUUCGGAUAUCAGUCCUUUCGACACUCGGGAAGCAAAGGCUUUACAGGGGGAUCCCAGCGUCGCAGCGAUGCAUGCGCUGAGAAGGGCAUACGAAGCUGACGAUGUCGGCCGCGUCGUCGAGCUCCUCACUGAACCUCGACACGGACUCGCGACUGACGCAUACGUCUCUCUCUUCGUCGACGACCUUCUCGGAAGCAUUCGGGUGCGUGCUCUCCCCUCGAUCGUCGCGCCGUUCACCUCCGUCUCGCUGCCAAGCCUGCAGGAGAAGCUGCAUGCGCAGAACGCCAAGGAAGUUCGAAGCUCGGUCGCGAGGGCUCUGGCGGAGAGACGCAUUUUCGGAGAAAUCGACGAAGUCAAACAACUUCUUGUUCUCCGCAGGGGCGUUGGCGCGUCGGCGCCGUUCCAGGAUGCAUGCUCGAAUAGAGCGGCACACACAAGCGAAGAGAUGCCAGGCGCUGGAGAGAACGAGACAUCGAAGCGAGAAGAAGAAAAAGCCAUUCGCGAGUGGACCGCUUCUCUCGAGGCUCUCACACAGCAACUCUCCCAACUGCCCUAUCGCUGACGAAGAAAACCUUUCCACCAGUUUCACGAUUCAACGUCGCCCACUUUCGUCCUCGCUCACGAGCAAUCGACAUCGACG